CCCAAGCUUCCCCGACUAUAAAAGAGGACGUGGCUCGGAUGGUCGGCGAAGCGGAACAGAUUGAGCCAAAGUUCGACAAUGGAGUUUUGCACUUUAGCGCUGUUCACACUUCUCUCCUCGGUUUACAACGUGUUGGCGUUGUCUCCUUCAGGCGCGUGUCUGCUUCAAGUGGACGAGGGACCUUGCAGAGGAUCCAUUGAGCGCCACUACUACAAUACCGUCACCCAAAAGUGCGAGAUGUUCUACUACGGAGGCUGCCAGGGGAAUGCCAACAACUUUAAGAGUUAUGAGGAGUGCCAUAAAUCCUGUUUCAGAAUCCCAAAGGUUCCCCAAAUCUGCAGGUUUCCCAAAGAGGAGGGACCCUGCCGCGCCCUCUUUCGCAGCUACUUCUUCAACAUGACCACCAUGCGGUGUGAGCCCUUUACCUACGGCGGCUGCCAAGGCAACUCUAACCGCUUCCCGGACUUCACCUCCUGCAAGGAGUACUGCGGCCCACGAAAAACUGUUCCUGUGCUCUGCCUGGACUUUCUGGACAAAGGCCGGUGCUCGGCCUCCAUUCCUCGCUAUUACUACAACACAGCCACCAAGACCUGCGACGAGUUCAUCUACUCCGGCUGCGGAGGGAGCAGCAACAAUUUUGUCUCGAAGCGCAGCUGCAUGGAAGUUUGUGUUAAAGGAGGGAAAAAAAAAGGAAUCCAAGUCAAAGGUCGUCACAUGAGGCGAGUGUCUAAUGGGAUCACUUUCUUACAGCCCUAGAUGUCUGCCACCCUCACUUGGACAAGCCCUUUUUAGGAAACAUGAUGAACUAACGGUUUUGUGCCAAAAGGUUGACCAGCUCUUCUUUGUUGUUACUAGAGGAGUCAUUCGUAGUGGCACAUUUCCACAGUAUGCAUAUGUAAUGCUUUAUGAGCAACUUCAAAUGUGAUUUUAAUGAAGUUUUUCACUGCACUAAUGUUCUUGAUUGUGUAUUUUGAUACUGUAUAUGUCUAUGAUGUGUUGUAUAAGCAAUACAAACAUGUUUAUUUUCCCAACUAUUUUAUAAGUACAUUGAUUUUGAUAAAAA